GCUGUUGCUGUUGGGGAGCUUCCUGGACUUCCCACACUGCUGCUUGUAGUUUGGAUGCCUGCUGCUGGAAGUAGGGCACGCACGAGACUGAAGUUGAGCGGCAAAUAGGCUGCUGCAUCCGCCUUUGUUUGGGGUCCCUCACUAGCUCUACUGCUCCACAACUUCGCUGAGCUGUUCGCUUCGCCUGUGUGCCUGCGUUCUCGUAGCACCUUGGAGAGAGAAUGGCUGCCAUCAAGGCUCUGCAACAGUGGUGCAAGAAUCAGUGUGACGGCUACAAAGAUGUGGCGGUUUCCAACAUGACAACUUCUUUCAGAGAUGGAUUAGCGUUCUGCGCGCUGAUUCACAAAUACAGACCGGAUCUCAUAAAUUAUGACUCCCUCAAGAAAGAUGACAUUUAUGAGAACAACAAACUGGCCUUCCAAGUGGCGGAGGAGCACCUGGGGAUCCCGGCGCUGCUGGAUGCUGAGGACAUGGUGGCCCUGCACAUCCCCGACAGGCUCAGCAUCCUCACCUACGUCUCCCAGUACUACAACUACUUCCACGGCCGCUGCCCCAUCGGAGGUGUGGGAGGCGUGAAGAGGCCAGCUGAGGGCUCCAAGGAGGAACCGUCGGAGAAGAAGAACCUUCCUGUCGUCGCCAAAGCCUUCAGCCCCAAAAGAGCCACGGAGAACUGCCCCCCAGCCCCGCACGGACAAAAAGCAUUGCCACCACCUAAAUCAGAGACGACAGCUGAGCAGAAGCCAGUGCUGGUGGAGAGCUCCAACAAAACGGGCACCCUGAACAGCAAGUGUGCCGUCUGCAGGACCCAUGUGCAUCUGGUGCAGCGCCACCUGGUGGAUGGAAAACUGUACCACAGGAGCUGCUUCAAGUGCAGUGAAUGCUCCAAUCCCCUGCUAGCAGGGGCGUACAAGGCAGGACCCGAACCAGGAACAUUCAUCUGCAAAGCCAACCAGACCGGCGGCUGCAAAACCAACUCACUUCGCAGGUCUGCUGCCCACAAAGCCAGCCCUGCUCCCGUUAGUACCAAGUCCUCCACACCGGCUGCUUCUGUGGCGAACGUAGAGAUUCAGUUGACGGUAGCGCCCAAACAGGACAGACGACCACAGCCUGCUACACGACCUAUGUCUUCGGUGUUAACCACCCCUGUUAAAGUCACACCCAAGCUCGUGGAGACCACGAGCCCGGCAGCUCCACAACCAUGGACCCCUUCGGCCCAGAAGACCCAGGCAGCCAGGCAGAGGUUCUUCCAGUCCUCCUCAUCUGCAACCUCACCAUCAACAUCCCCAGCUCAGUCUUCUCCUCCGGCCUCUUUGUCAUCCCCAUCAUCCUCAUUCAAGUCCACAUCCAUGCGCUCAGCAUCAUCACCGAAGUCCCCGAGCCCACGCCCAACCCAGCUGGCCGUUUCCCCAUCCCGGUCCCCAGCGUCCCCCUCUUCAGCAUCCUCACCCCUGUCCUCAUCACACCUGCAUUCCGCAUCCUCAUCCUUAUCCUUACCCUUGUCCCCAUUCCUGCCCUCAAAGUCCCAGCCCCUAUCUCCAUUACCCCCAUCCCAGACUGCAGCUCCAGCUGCAAAAGACCCAUCCACCCAGUUGUCUUCACCAGGGCCCAAGCCAGAGGCUGGCACUGCCCGUCCCAUCACCACCAUCACCACCACCACCACCACCGCCGCCACUGCCACCACGACAGCAGCGCUGGCAGCACCCGCGACGCCAGAGGAGAAGGAGAAGGAGCGUGCCCGGGCGCUCAUCUCCAGGAAGCUGGCAGAGGGCAACUGCAAUAAUAACAACAUAAAGGCUCAUCAGCAGCACGGCCCCAGGGCAGAAGAUAAUCGGUCUGGGAAGGGGCUGCGCUCCGUCGAGUUGCCCAGCUGGAGGCAGGAGAGACGCAGCCAAGGCAUGGCGGGGGGUGGGGCUGGCACCAGAGCUAAGGCUGGUGCUGGAGCUGGAGCUGGAGCCGGAGCUGGUGCAGCCCCCCUCCCCUUCCUCCUGCGCUCAGCCGCCACCAACCUCUCCAUCACCGCCACCAACACCGCCGGCACCGCCGCCUCCUCAACACCCACCCCGGCUGCUGCCAGCCCCAGAGCCGUCAUCCUCACCAAUCCCACCCCCGCACCCAUCGCUACUGCACCCACACCCACACCAACCAAAACCCCCAUCCCAAUCUCCAUCACUACACCCACACCAACCAAAACCCCCACCCCCCACUCCGUCACCACACCCACACCAACCAAAACCCCCACCUCCACGAAAUCCCUCACCUCCACGCCUACCACCACCCCCACCACCAGCAGCAGCAAGGAAUCCCUCUGGAUGGCAGCCAUUAGGGACGGGGAACGGGCAAGAUCCAGCUCCCACUCCCGCACCAUAGUCCCCACCUCCUACUACUCCUCCUCCUCCACCUCCUCCUCCUCCUCCUCGGCUGCUGUACUCGGCUCCAGUGCCAAAGUAAAGCCCAGGGCUGCGUCUGAAAGCUCGGCCGACUGGCGAUCAAAGCCGCAUGGCUCUCCAAGUGGACCAGCAGUGGGCUCCAAGUGUCCUGAGCCUACCAAAGAAUUACCACUGAAACGUGUGGAGGACAAACCAGCCACGACCUACAAGAGCAGCCUGUGUGUCACCGUGAACCCGACCUCUCCUCUCCUCGCCAUGGUUUCGCCCUCUACCAGCCCCCUCUCACCAGGACCAGCCAGUUACUGGCAGCCUAUUGGCCAGCAGCCUACCAGGAAGAUGUCAGGCGAAUCAGAUGCUGGAAAGGCCCCAGUGGGGUUCACCCACGCUUCUUCCACCCCAUCCCCGUCCCCAUCUCCAGCUGUCUGCAACAGAGCUUCCGCCACCACUACUCCAACCAAUAUCAAAGCACCAUCUCCAAAGCAAAGUCGACGUGGGUCAUCUGGUCUUGGGUCACCAAAUGAAAGCCUCUACGUCACCAACGGCUCGUCCUGUCGAACACAGCAUGUGUCCAUCAGCGUCUCAUCCAAUACAGCCCCUUCACCUAAACAGCCUGCAAAGGGCUCGGCUGCUCCUGGGGUGCCAAGGGAUGGGUCCUCCAAGCCCACUGCCCCCACCACGCCUCGUUGGAUUACCCCGGUGACUGUCACCGUGUUGCCCCAUGAACCUACGAACUACAUGUACACGCCUUCAUCGCAAAAGAACACACCUGGUAGAUUCCCUGUUGAGCAGGGUUCUCCGAAUGGACAUUACUCAUCCGAGGAAUCUGUCACUAAAAUGAGAUCACCGGCCAAAGAGAGCCACAUUCCCAUGGAGGAGAUAGCUGAGGAGCUGGAUGAGAUCGAGGAGAGCCUGACGGAGCUGGAGAGGGAGGGGGUGGAGCUGGAGGGACGGCUCAGGAGCUGCGAGGAAGAGGGAGGAGGGGACAUCCUGAUGGACCCGCUGAUGGUGGACUGGUUCAACCUCAUCCGCAGGAAGCAGAGCUACAUGAGGAGGGAGUCGGAGCUCGUCUACCUAGCUAAGACGCAGGACCUGGAGGAGGAGCAGCCAGGGGUGGAAGGGGAGCUGAGGACGCUGCUGGACAAGCCAGAGCAUCUGAAGAGCCGCUGGGAGCGCAGGCGGCAGGCGGAGCUGAUGGAGCGACUCCUGGAGAUCAUCAAUGACCGCAAUGCCAUAGUGGAGGGGUUAGACCAGGACCGCCUCAGGGAAGAGGAGGAGGACCAGCAGUUGAAUGAAAUGAUGCAGAAACUUGGCAUGAGGAAGACGAAGAGCAAAAGGCAGUCGUCUUUCUCCAAGCUGUUCAGGAGGAAAAGCAAACGGGUGGUGGCCGAGGGCUGAGCAGCAGACAGACAAGAGUGAUGCUGACAGGUGUCCACCACACUGACACUCACAGGAGUAGUCUUCCAACGGCAGAGCGGCUUCAUCUGUAGGUGUACUGUAGACGCACUGUAGACUAGGGAUGCACCGAUACUGGUAUCGGUAUCGGCACCCGAUAUACUCAUUAUACUCGUACUCGUACUCGUCAAGCACUUGCCGAUACCAGGAACGAUACUGCUAUUACACAAAACAAUGCAAAAUCUUGUCACGCUCUGUGGACUUGAAAGCAGCAUGGAAAAAAGUGCCACCUGAUACAUUUACUAACAUUCAAAUCUACAUGGAAAUGGACAAUAUAAACAUCACAGGUGGGGAAAAAACAAGGCCAUGCAUUUAUUUUCAUUGUAUUUUGGUGGUAAAAGGUAUUGGUAUCGGUACUCGGUAUCGGCAAGUACACACAUUAAUGUACUCGUACUUGUAUCGGUUUUCAAAAAAGUGGUAUCGGUGCAUCCCUACAGUGUAGACUGUGUUUGUAGAUGCUGUAUGACACUCGUAGGCGGCGUUUGUUUUUGCAGAUACUGUAUGUCGGCUGGAGCUGGAGGUGCUGGAAGUGUCUUUGCUGUGCUGUAGAUUUGCUGUUGUGCAUUGCCGUGGGUGUGUGUUUGUGUUAUUUAGAGAUGUGUGACAUGAGGAGUUGGCAUGAUGUGGUCCACUGUAGGAUUGUUGUUUUUCUUUUGUUGUUGUUUGGCACAUAGUUGGAGAGCACUUUGAAUGUAUCACAGUUUAUUUUUGAUUAUUGUUUUCUUUGCUUGUUUUUUUUCUUCUGUUAGUUUCACAUUUUCUGUUUUAAGUCACCUUUUGAAAAUGGAAAUGAAGGAAGUGCACUAAGAUUCUCUAAACUUUCAAGCACUUUGCAAUUUGCAUUCAGGUAUAUGAAGGUGUGCAUUUUCUUUUUCCUUUUUUAAUUUGAGUUAUUGCGUAUCAUCACGUCAAUAAUAACAUUAAUAGCACUAAUCUCUUGUUCAACAAAGGAGUGUUUUAAAAAAAAUCAUGUUAUAAUUAUGUAAUGAAUGUGUCUAUGUAUAUAUCCCAGGCUUUGAAAUUAGGUGACCAGUGUUUGUCUUUGAGCAGUUGGAGAAAACAGCUACAUCACUACUAUUUUUUUCAUCCCACAUAAAGGGUGUAAUUCCACCUCAGUGCUGACGGGGGCAGUGUAGGUUCAGGAGCAGUCCCCCUCAGGAAAUCCUAUUUUUCUUCUCUACAAUUUAGUAAUGCCCGCUUUAGUUAAUUUUAUUUCAUAUAUGCCUCCAAACGUUAUAUUCGUCCACAGAUUAUGUAGAGGAAAGGCUUAUGCAGUGGAGUUUAUAAGAGGUUUGAAUAUUUAAACCAGGUUUAAUGAAACUUCAAUGCACUGCAAUGCAUCCACCAACUUGUGUGUUACUUAAUACUUUGGGAGGUUGAGAAUGUUUUUAAUAAUGAUUUCCAGUUGCUUAAUACCCUUUUAAAACAAAUUUUAACAUUUUAAUGAUUCCUAAGGGUUAUUGCGCAAAAUAUCUACAUUGUUGUGAAUGAAAUUAAGACUUUUAAAACAGGAUGUCGUUCAGUGCUGUGGGAAGGAAUGAAAUGACUCUGUGUACAAACCCCAAUUAUUUAUACAUGAAUUUUAAUAUUUUUUAUUAAUAAAUGUGAACUUG